AUGCCUGCCCCCCUACUCACUGUUGCUGAGCCCGUUCUGCCCGUGCGAGAGCUCGGGGCAGAUGAGCAAUAUGUCAUGACUGCCUUUGAACGUCACGCCAACCACUGCUACCAGUGCAAUGACCCUCUCCAAGUCCAACAGGAGGACCGCGCACUCUGUGACCGUGGACACCAAUAUGCCAUCGACGUUGCCGCCUAUCUGUACUCGAAGAAUGGAAAGGCCUACUCCGUCAUCGACCGUGACCUCAACCAGCCUACACUCGUCAAGAUCCCACGCGACUACGUCGCUACCCGCGGGCUUCUCCUCGCCAUCGAGGAUGGACUCCGUCUGCAGCGCAAGGAAAAGGUUCGCAAGCCGGUGAUUGUUGACGAGCCCGGCGCACCAAUCAUCAGCUACGACCGCACAUACCCCGUCCCUCCUCGUCGCACAUCAACGGUUACAGAGAUCAUCGAGCGCGAGCCCCGCAAGAGCCGCCGUGUCAUCGUCUACCCUUCCCCUCACCGUGGCUCCCCAAGCAGGGGAUCCUUGUACGACUCCGACGCCGCUGACCGCGUUGAGCGAGUCAAGGAGUCUUCGCGCGUCUACCGCAAGACUGACUACCGUCGCUGA